AUGCUUGCGGCAUCCUCAUCAACAAGAGCUACACUGACGGCGGCAUUACGCGGGCAGGCUCCUCUCGUCGCAUCUGCACACCUCACUUGUCGCCGCCAAUCUCUCAGGACCUCGCCACCCCCUCGCAUUCGCCCGUCGAGACUGUACUCUACAGCUCCUUUGCUACAGGGCUCGAGCGUCCGCAUAUCCACCGUCUUCUACGCGCUCAUCGCCAUCGGCGUGGGCUCGACCGCGUACGGCCUAUACGACUUCUACAAAUCGUUCGCGAUAUGGCCGCCAGAGGUCCGCGCGGACCUCAGAGCGGGCGUCAAGGCGAAGCACCAGGGCGACCUCGACCUGAGCGAACGGUUCCUCCAACGGGCAUAUGAUACCGCGCUCGCGCUCCCUCUCGAAAGCCUCUCGCCAGCGCCGUACCUCAAGAUCUCCGGCAUAGCCGCGACGCUCGGCGACGUCCUCGAGUCGAACAACCGCCCCAAGGCCGCAUACGACGUCUACGUUGCUGCGCUCGCGCAUCUGCAGGCCCAUAGCGCGGAGCUCUCGGGCGAGGAGCGGCUGCGCGGCGUCGCGCUCGCGCACAAGCUCGGGGAGAUGGCGUACACGUACCAGGUGGGCGAGGAAGAGGAGGAGCGGUGGCUAUCGUGGGCAGUGGAGGAGAUGGUGCGAGUCACCAAGAACCUCGGCGAGGCCGCGGGAGCAGGGAGUGUAGGUCUGGAUGGCGAAGAGCCUAAGGUGAUUUUGGCCGAGCUCGAGCUGCCGAGAUGGAUGAGCGUCGCGGACGUGGGUGCACCCGUUGAGGCUCUCGGCGCGUUCUAUGCGCGGAUGGGUAACAUCGAGUAUGCCGUCCCACUCUACCUGCAAGCCAUCUCCCUCCUCGUCCCACCCCCCAAUUCUGGAAAACACGUCUCAGCCGCCGAGAUCUGUCGAGGCGCGCAACUCAUGAGCAACCUUUCCGAACUCCUCAUGCGCGGGUCGCCCUCGCCCCAAAAGGUGCACCAGGCUGAGCUCUGGGCGAAGCAAGGACUUUCGGUCAUCGAGAAGACGCAGAAGAACGCGCGCGGCAGCCGCUCUGAAUCUGAGGGCUUGCAGAUCUGCGAGGAGGUGCUGGCGGUCACACUAUUCAACCUGGCCUCCAUUCGCGAGGUAAGUCAAGAUUUGCCAGCUGCGCGUGAGCUGUUCCAACGCAGUCUUGACCAGUCGAAGCGUAUCGGCCUCCGCGAGGGCGUGUCUCAAGCACGACUUGCCCUUCAUCGUUUAGAGCGGACACAGGAGCAUUCUCUUGUCAUCUCCCAGUCCCCAUCACCCUCGGCAAGCGAUAGCGACAAACGCCCCAAAUGA